ACAACCGCCCGUUGGAUGAAGCAGUGAUUGGCGUACUCAACCCAAACAAAAUUUCUACUUCAAGGACACUGGUGGCAGGAGCAACGGGUGAAGGUACCGCUCGUCCCGAUAAAGCACAUGGUGAUGGCAGCACUGAUUGCGGAAGCGGACUGUUGCCACCGCUGCUCCUUCUGUUGGGACUGUGGGGGUUUGCGGCUCUGUGA